UUUCGCCUACACGGCUUCCGUAGAAACUCCAUGUGACAACAAGGUCAGACAUGGCAGCCUGUGUAAAAGAUCUCCACACAUUUAUGUCUUCACUGAGGUUAUUACGAAACCUGCGGCUCCAAAAUGAACGGUUUAUAUCUACGUCACUGUGUCGUCAUGCUUCGGGGAGCAGCGGGGGGCCACCAAAGUUCACCCCUCCAUCUAAACCUGUCAUCAUAGAUAAAACACAAGCUGCGGCAACUCAGAGAGAGUUCCUGAGUCCAGAGUUCAUCCCUCCCAGACAGAGAAUCAAUCCUGUAAAGUUUGUCUUUGAGAGGAAAGAUAUGGUCGCCAGGAGGAAAGUGCUCGACAUCCCUGAAUUCUACGUUGGGAGCAUCCUGGCAGUGACCAUGGCCGAUCCUCACGCCAGCGGGAAAAGUAACCGGUUUGUGGGCAUCUGCAUCCAGAGGCGUGGGUCGCUGCUGGGAGCCACAUUCAUCCUGAGGAACAUCAUUAAUAACCAAGGUGUGGAGAUCUGCUACGAGCUGUACAGCCCCCGUAUCCAGAGUAUUGAAGUGCUAAAGCUGGAGAAGAGGCUGGACGACAACCUGAUGUAUCUGAGAGACGCUCUGAGCGAGUACAGCACCGUGGACCCGGACAUGAAGCCCGUCCCCUCGUCCCCCACCGGAGAGGUUCCUGUCAACCCGCUCAAGGUAAAGAUGAGGCCCAAGCCGUGGUCCAAACGCUGGGAACGACCCGUGUUUAACAUCCAGGGCAUCCGCUUCGACUUGGCCCUGACCCCGGAGCAGAUGGAGCACGCUCAGAAGUGGGCGAAGCCGUGGCUGGAGUACGACAUGAUGAGGGAGUACGACACCACCGAGCUGGAGAAGGAGAUCAAAGAAGAGCUGCAGAAGGAGAUGAAGAAGUGAGGAAGAUCCUCUGGAAAUGCAAACAUUCCUUCAGUUUAACCAUCAACAGACUUUUUCAGGAAUAGGAAAAAGACUGGAAUAUGAGGUUUGCAAGGACGUGGAACAAUCCAGAUGGUUUACUAGAACCUCCACAGAGUUUCUACAGAGGAGAACAUCUGGUAACUGAGGAGUUCUUCUGUUUGUCUUGUCAGUCAGCUGUACAGUAUCAGUGUCACUGGCCUUAGUUAGAACAUCCAGUGUGUGAUUUCCAUAAUAAAAGCCAUUCAAUGAGACAAAA